UGAUAUUCUCUCUUAGUUCUCGACAAUGGAUGAUGGUCGGGCAAAGCAGCGGAAAAUCGUCAAAUCUUGCUCGUACGAAGAGGUGAGCAGUAUUGCGUGGGACUUCAUCAACAUGACUGAACAGGAAGAAGACCUCAUCUACAGAAUGCACAAGCUGGUCGGAGACAGGUGGGCAUUGAUAGCUGGGAGAAUUCCAGGCCGUAAACCUGAGGAAAUAGAGAGAUUUUGGUUGAUGAAACACUCUGAAGGUUUUGCAAACAAACAACGAGAGGACCCAAAAGACCAUUCCAAAAUUAUCAGUUCAUCAGUUUGAUGUUGGGAUUUAUUUGGCCUUUUGUUCAAUUAGAUAAUGCUCCAGUGUGAUGUAUGAAGUAGGGGAGUGUUGGGACUCUCCAAUCUUAAUUCAGCGUGGGUUACCUUGAGUUACAUUUUCAAGGUUGAACUAGAUUUUCUAA